GUGUUCUGGAUCGGCCCCCGUGAGGUAGGUGAAUGAUAUCACUGGCCGAGACCACCCCCACGUGACCCUCUCCGACCCGGGGGCGCGUUGCGCAACUCCCGCUUCAGCUAAGCCCAGGCCCCCCAAUUGCCGUACGACAGCCCAUCCCCAAGUGUCCCUCCUGGCUCUCUUCCCAUCUUCUCUUUCGUCUUGUUUAACUUGUCAUGGCUAUUUGGUCGUGAUUCACUCAAGUAACUCACCUUCUGUCCAUUGAAUAACUGCCCAGCCAGCCUAGCGCUUGCUGCCAACUCACGACCUCUUAUCUCCGAUCGGCUACGUUUCAGCCGACGUGGACGCUGCCUUAUCGCUUAGGAUACCGUUGAUACCUGGUUCAUCCGUUUGUCGCAAGAAGGUCCCUUCCUGCCUUUCACAAAGUGUUAAUCGCCUUGUUUACCUUGCGCUUUGGAUCGACCGGUCAGGACUCUUGACCGCUAUUGUCGAAGAUGAAGUUUCUUCCCCUUCCUGAGAUCGAGGAUGUGACGAGUUCCCUGAACUUCGACACCGGUGAUUGCCACAUUCUCGGAGGCUGCGAUCUUUACACGACAAAGGCGGCACGUGCCGACCGGAAGUUGUACAAGAACAUCGAACAGUCUCUUGAAGCACAAUAUGAAUCGACUCUUCGCCUGUCCGCAUCAUUGUCACCUCCAAAUGCGUCGGACGCGGCCGCCUCGCUCAAUUUGUCCCGGUCUAGCCCCUUCGGACCGCUGAGCGAACAUUCCAGCCGGAGAACCUUCGCCUAUCUGAUCGCAACUUUGAACGCAAGCCAUCCAGAUUACGACUUUUCUCAUGUGCUGCGCCCGUCGGACUUCCAUCGUGAGAGGAACAUCAAACGCGUAAUGAAUACGAUUGAUUCCACACUGUUUAAUCUUCGGCCACGUGAAGCGAUCGACCUCGCUCCCCCUUCACCAGUGACUAUCUCGGGCUCAUAUAAUGCCGGGGCCUCUGCUACGUGGGGACCGAGAAUGUGGCAAAUAAUUGAUGAACAGCUAUCGCUCAAUGAGUGCUCCAUCUAUUCUUACUCUCCGGAAGAAGAUCCUUCCGAUGCGGACGACGGAGCGAUCUGGAGUUUGCAUUACUUCUUUUUUAACCGUAUCCGGAAGCGUGUCUGCUAUCUCUACCUCAGAGCCAUCCCAAUCCUCAGUCACACGCCUAGUGACGGAGUUGCUACGCCGACCGCAAAGAGGACGUACGACGACGGCUAUCUCACACCGGACCUCGGGUCAAGCAAGCGGGCCCGCUACUGGCUCGGUGACGUGGUGCACUUAGAAGACGAGAGCGAGUCCGACGAAGAGCACGUCAGCAAGCCAUCCCGGCCCGUUGUGGACGAAUACGAGAACUACGUGCUCAGCGACGAGGAAUUCCGAUCUAGAUCUGGCAGCAAGGGCACAGUACGUGCUAUGAGUGAGGAAAUUGCCGACUCGAUGGAGGUUUAAAUUACGAUUCAACCCGUUACGACUUGUUAUUGCUUCACUGUUUUACCUUUUAAUUCCGCCGAUGCUCCCUUUUCUUCGAUUCAACAUGGAUAUUCUCAACGGUUUGUUUAGUUGUUUGCUACGUCUGCCGCAUCUGCACAGGUUUGGGGCGUUUGGUGACCGGCAGGGAUGAUAAUAGGGCCCCUAUUGAUGAAGUCGUCGUUUCGUUGUGUAGGUUUUGAUCAUUUUGCGCUGCAUACCCAAUUAGUUGCGGCGCGCCCGGGGCGUUGAAUCGCUUGCAUUCCUUUCUGUUCUUGUAAUUACGAUUCUUGAUCGCUGAAUUAAUUAUGCUAUGGUACACGGAGUGAAGAGUCUAGAGAGUAGGAC